CGCCCGCCGCCCCCGAGCGCGGAGCCGCCGCCGCGGAGCCCGCCCGGGGCGGACAGGUCCCCGUGCGGCCGAUGCGGCGCCAUGAGCGAUCGGGCUGCGCGGGGCCGGCGCUACAACUGCCUGAGCCUCAGUGAGAGCUACCGGGGGCGGCCGCUCGAGCCCCCCCGCGCCGCCGGCGCCCCCCGCCAUGGGCUGCAGAGCCUGGGCAAGGUGCCCACCCGGCGCAUGCCCCCCCCCGCGCACCUGCCGAGCCUGAAGGCCGAGAACAAAGGCAACGACCCCAACGUGGCCCUGGUGCCCCGAGACGGCUCGGGAUGGGCCAGCCGCAGCGACCCCCCCGACCCCCGCAGUAACCCCGAGACCCCCCAGCCCUUCUUGGGGGGGUUCCGAGCCCUCCGCCCCUCCCCCGCCGCAGUCGCCGUCACCGCCGGAUUCGCAGCCGCCUGCGGGGACCCCGGGGACCCCCGAGAACCCCCCCCGCCGCCAAGCGCGGCAAAGUCCUGGGCGCAGGCCAGCGGUUCCCCCGCCGAUGGUGCCAGAGCGCCCCCCCUCCCGGGCCGGUUCUCACGGGAGGAGUUCCCCAGUUUGGGGGCGGCCGCCGAGCGGGGGAGGGGCGGCCGAGAGCGGGGGGGCGCUGCCGACGCGUCGGGUGGGCGCGCACCGAGCCCCCGCCCCCAGGGUGGCAGCUGGCGGGAGGGGCGCGGGGCCGAGGAGCCGCCGGCCGAGGGGGGGGGAGGAGGAGCCCCCCCCGGGCCCCCCCAUUUCCCCCCGUACCGGGGGGUGAUGCCGCCCUUUAUGUACCCCCCGUACCUGCCCUUCCCGCCGCCCUACGGGCCCUUCCGCGGCCCCGACGCACAGAGGUUCCCACGGCCGGGGGGUCCCCGGGGGGCUGCGGGCCCCCCUCGGGGGGGGUCUCCCCCGUCGCGCCCCGUGCUGCGCCAGGACGAGCUCCGGGAGUUCGAUGAGCUGGACCAGGAGAACGACGAGGGCUGGGCAGGAGCCCACGAGGAGGUGGAUUACAGCGAGAAGCUCAAAUUCAGCGACGAAGAGGACGGGCGGGAUGAAGACGAGGAUGAUGAGGGGAAGGAGAACGAGCCCCCGGCCCCGCCCAAAGCCGAGGCUCCGCCCCCCCCGAAGGAGGAGCCGCCCCUCCCCAAAGCGCCCCCGGAGGGGCCCAAGGAGGCUCCGCCCACCCCGGCCCCGCCCAUGCGCGGGCCCCGCCCCCACCGCCGCCCCCGCCCAACCGCGGCAGCUGGGCCACGCCCAACGAGCUUCCGGAUGAAGAUGAAGCCUGGCGGCGGGGGGGGGGGGGGGGGGGGGGGGCUGUCGCGGGCGGGCGAUGAAGAUGAAGCCUGGCGGCGGCGGCGGCGGCAGAGCUGCGCCGAGCUGUCGCGAGGCGUGGUAGCGCUGGCGCCGCCGCGAGGCCGAGGAGCCGCAUGGCCGAGCAGCGCCGGGCGCCUGCGCCGAGAAGCUCAAGCGCCUGGACGGCAGUUCGGGGCGCCCCCAGCGCCGCCCCGGGACCCCGCCCGGCACCGGGACCCCCGCCGGGACCCGCCCAGGGGAGGAGCCAGCGGGCCGCCCCUCCCCGCCCGAGGCCGCCCCGGAGCCCGGGAGGAGAAGCAGGCGGCGGGGGAGGGGCAGCAGUGGCAGCAGCAGCAGCAGCAGCACGGGCCCCCCCCGGCCCCGCCCCCGUCCGCAGCCCCCUCCCCAUCGCUGGGGGCUCUGGGGGCGCCCCCGGCCCCCCCCGGGCCCCCCAAGCUCUUCGGGGCCCUGGGGAGACCCCCGGCCCUGCCCCAGCUCGGCUUCGACCCCCGCUGGGUGAUGCUGCCGCCCCCCCCCUACGUGGACCCCCGGCUGCUGCCCCCCCCCCGCGCCCCCCACGUCGACUUCUACCCCCCCGGAGUGCACCCCUCGGGCCUGCUGCCCCGGGAGCGCUCGGACAGCGGGGGAGGGGCGGGGGCUCCCCCUCAGAGCCUUUCGAGCGCCCCCCCCCCGCCGCCGCCCCUCCCCCCCCGAACCUGCGGGACCGCGGGACCCCCCCGGGGGACCCCUCCCCCCCCAAACCCUCCUGGGGGGCGAGGCCACGGGACCCCCGAGGGGCGCUGCGGCCGUAACCCCGAGGAGCCCCCGGCCCCGCCCCCCGCCCCCCCCGGCUCGGGCGGGGCCCCCCCGGGGCUGGCGCUGCCCCCGCCCCCCCCCUCGGCCGUGUUCCGCCUGGACCGGGUGGUCCCGAGCGACCCCGGGGGGAUCCGCAGGGCCCUGGCACAGGGACCCCCCUCGGCACCGGGGCUGCCCCCCCCGCCAGCCCCCCCGGAGCCCCCCCUGGGCCCCCCCGGCGCCCCCCGGCCCGGCCCCACCCCCACCCUUGGGGGCUUCUUGGCCAAACGGCGCCAGAGACCCCAAAGCCAGGACCCCCUGGGGUUCGGGGACCCCCAGCAGGACGGGGGGGAGACACAGGGGGGGCUGAGCCCCCCCCUCUGGAGCCAGCUGCCCACCAGCGCCCCCCCCAAGCCGCUGCCCCCGGGGCAGCCCUGGCUGGAGCCCCUCCCCCCCUUCGAGGAGGCCGCCAGCGCCGAGGACAGCGGCGUGGAGCUCAGCGGUGACUCCGGCGCCUGCAGCCAGCGCAGCUCCCCCGACGGGGGGGGCGGGGCCCAGCCCCAGGGCCCCGCCCCCAGGACCCCCCAGGGCCCCGCCCCCCGGAGCCCCCCCGAGCCGCGGGGCCGCCUGCCCCUCCCCCGCCAGGACACCCAGGUUUUGGGGGCCCCCCCCGCGCCCCCCCCCGGCCCCAUCGGCACCGAGCGCUCGCAGCGGGUCCGGAACGCCCCCCCCUGCCCCUCCCCCACCGCCAGCGAGGGCUGGGGGGGGCGGGACGGGGACCCCCCCCGGCCGCCCCUCCCCCCGCAGCAGCAACGGGAGCGCGGCCAGAAGGAGGCGCUGCCCCUCCCCCCGCCGGGGGGCGGGGACAUCGGGCUCAGCGCUGCCCCCCGGGACUGGGAGCUGCUGCCGGGGGGGGGUCCCGAGCCCCCCCCCAACCCCCCCCGGAUCCCCCCAGAGCCCAAAGGGGCCCCCAGGGACCCCCCCAGGGACCCCCCCGGGGCGCGGGGGCAGCGCCAGCCCCUCCCCCCCGAGGUGCCCCCCCCGGCCGUGGAGCCCCCCCCGGGCAGCGGCGGCAGCUUCAGGGCAGGGACGCCCUCGGUGACGCCGUUCAGGCCGGUGCUGGUGGCGGGGGCGGGGCUGCCCCUCCCCCCCCUGAAGGGGCCCUUCGUGGAUUUCCUGGGGGGGGGCCCCGAGCUGGCCAAGCUGGGGGGGGCGGGGGGGGUCCUGUACCCGCCCCCCCCCUUCCUGUACGGCCCCUUCUGCCCCGACCCCCCCCCCGUGCUGCAGGUGCGGCAGGAGCUGACCCCGCCCUCGGAGUUCUACGGGCAGGGCCAGAGCAGCUUCCAGCAGAUGCUGCUGCCGUUGGUGGAGCCCCCCCCGGUUCCGGCCCCUCCCCCUCCCCCCGUCGUCAACUUCGGGGCCCCCCCGGCGCCGCCCCUCCCCCUCCUGCCGCUGGGCCGCCUCCUGGCCCCGCCCACCCGGGCCUUCGCCCCGCCCCCUCCGGAAAUAAAGGCGGAGCAGCAGCAGCAGCCCGUGGUGGGCGUGGCCGGGGGCGGGGCCUGGUUUAUUGAUCGUUGA